AUGAAUGUCCAACAAGAACUGGAGGAGUUGAUGCUCACUUACGAAGGGGUGUGCGCAAUCUUUAUCACCGAUCACGAUGGUGGAUUGAUUUUGAACGUUGGGCUUCCUGUCACAUUGGACAACUCUCGAUUCAGACAACAGCUGAUUGUGAGCCAUGUGACAACGAUUCCGCAGAUUCAUAAACUCAAUAUGGGAGGCCAUCAGACAACAUUCGCAAUGUACGAAUCGCAUCAAAUCGCCAUACACUCGUUGGCAAGGUACUACUUCAUCGUUCACGCCGGCGCCAACACGAAUACCGGAGCAAUGUUGGCUCUUCGUGAGAAACUUGCUCCAAUCGCCAACUAUAUGAUGACAGUUUGUCCGCCAAUCGAUGGAGAUGGAUUGAUGCCACCACCGUCAUUCGCCUCCGCUGCAGCGCCACCACCAGAUUUCGAUUGA